UGGCAGGAUCUGGGCCUGGGCUGGUCAGUGCCGCCAAGCGGAAGGCAGCGCCCCAUCAACUCUUCACAAACAUCAGGUUAUACCAAACUUUUUCCACCACUCACUUUACUAGUACAUAAACUUCCGAGAGACUUGUUGUGGACGCCGUGCCUUGUUACACCCGUCGAGAUCGAUUGGGCCCUUGCUGGGUUCCGUGGUUAGCGACUCGUCUCAGGUCCACCAGGAACUCAGGAACUCAGGCGCUGCUAAGACCUGCUCGACUCUCCGUCUCCUCGCUCACCUGAAGGAGGGAGGAGCAUCAAACACGAACGGCCGACCACCUACGCCUGCCAUCAUCACGAAUGCAACAACUCAUCGCUCCACGAGCCUGAAUUACGAUCUGCUGCAAACCACUCCCGACAUUGAUGAGUAGCACUUGACCAUUGCAUCGACACCAGGCGGAUUGAGUCCAGCACACAGACGGCGUUCCCGGCUCUGCGGGCGCUUGAAAAACCAUGGCUGGCCCCGAUCGACGUUCAUCGCUGGGAGUCGACAGGAGAGCCUCGAUGCGAUUAUCAAUACAGCAGACCGACGGCGAUGAUUACGAUUUAGAAGCAAUGGGGAUUUCGGAUGGCUUCAGGCCAGCCGCUGCUGAUGUUAGACCUGGCCAUAAUGCAGUGUCGUCUCACGUCUCACAACAGAAUGGGAGAAGAACACCACCACCGCGCCCGUCGAGUAUAAGCAAACCGAGGGGGCGUGACUCAUUUGCUCUACGGCACGAUGGUACGAUGGGGCCCAGUUUGCAGAGAGUUUCUACGGUCGCAUCGAAUGCUGCACCGACAAGAUCGUCGAGUGUCUCGACCGAUGUACCAUUCAUGAAUCCCGAAAGCCCGUACAGAGGACCGGCCGGUCCUUCACAUCCCUAUCAAAUGUACCCCCAAGAAUCACGAUUAGCAAGGACGGCUAGUAUGGCAACGACUUCGACGGUCCAAGUCCCCGACAGACCAUACCAUGGUCCAGGCGGCCCGACACAUCCCUAUGGAAUGUACCCCCAAAAUACUGUACCUGAAGGAGAGGUCGCAUCAGCACCCAUUAUUACUGUCCCUGUUGGCUUUCCUGGAUUGCAAACCGACUAUCAGCGGCGAUUGGGCCCCGAUGGAGAGGAAAUUGCUGAUAUUAUUGGGCCGGACGGACAUACCGAGCAACUGCCGCCAUACACUCAAUACCCCGAUGAGGCUUUCGCGAGGAAAGCCAGGCCCAAUGUACGACUCCCUAUACCUGUAUCUGUUGCUGGGGCCGGUGGCAUUGGACUGGCCACUCGAAAUCCAGAGUUUGAGUCUCAAGAGGAUCUUCAUUCUCCCUCUCGUCAAUCAACACGAAGCAUCAUGUCAGACCAGAGCAGUCAUCCAGUCAAUAUGGCAGCUCUAGGGGCUUCUGAAAAGCCAGAGCUGAAGAAGUGGCAGCAGGUUGCCCGGAGGAAAGUCUGUGGCAUUGUUCCAAUCUGGGCGUUGGGACUGGCAGCAGCUGUCCUCAUUCUGUUCGGGAUGAUUUUAGGAGUUGUUCUUGCUGCACUGAAGCCCAAACACCCGCCGAAGCACCAUCCUCCACCCUCAGGAAUUGCAGAAAGCGUCAUUUAUACCAUCAUGACUACCACGUUUGAUGCAACACCCAUGACAGCCUCACCUACUGGACUUCCUACUCUUCCGACCGGCACCUUCGGACUUCCUAUUUCUGCGCCUUCGACGAAACAACAAACCUGUCUAGUCAACAGCGCACAAGCUAGUGCAUGGUCUUGCAAUAUAGCAAUGACGACCCCUUACACAAUUUCAAUCUCAGAACUCCCAGAUGCUUCUAGCAACGUGGCCAACAACGAGGUCAGCCUUUCUUAUGGUAACAAUUCUUUUGGGGGUUGGUACGCCUACGGAGCACAGCCUCCCGUCCUGAUGUCCUCAAAGGUUCUAAAUCUCGUCAUCGAUUCCCAGGAUCCAAGCAGUGGCCCAGCCUGGUUCUUUGAAAUGACUUAUGAUAAAGUGGUGAUAUUGCCACCGAAUGCUUUUCCACCUUCGGGCAAUAGCAAGCGGAGGGAGAAAGAACGGCAUAACGGUCGAGACCAGGGCACACCUGUUGGAGACUUCACUGGGCGCAAGAAUGUCUUACAGCCAGGUGAUACGCCAUGGUUUUGUUACUGGAAUGGCACUCUGCUCGAAACCUUCAUCUAUGUAAACAAGACCAGCAGUGCCGGAGGCCGGGAAUCAACCCCGACGACUGCUUCGUCUGCCCCCACGUCAACAAACAAUCAAGAGCAUCCCACGGCUACCUAUGAUUCGAGUGUGCCCACCAAUAUCCAAACGUCGAGCACUUCCUACUCUGGUUCAUCAGGAGGGGAUUUUAACCCGAAUCCACCAGCAUUCCCUAAAGUUCUGAAGAUCGAGGAACGGCGGGUUCCGAGAGGCGCUGCUGCUGUCCAACCGUAUUGUGUGCAAAAAAUCUUGGACCCAGAUGGUGUUCCACAGAUCUAUCCAAACAGCACUGGCCAACCCAACAUCGUCUACCUUAACGAGACAGCGCCUUCUUCUGUCUCCUCAAUAACCGAUAAGCGAGAUGUUGACGGAUAUGUGGAUCUGCAGACCCGGGAGCUCAUUGAGCGACAGAGCUCAAACAGUUGUGGGUGUGCAUGGAUUUGGACGUAAAACGGGUACUGGUUGGGCAAAAUGGAGUUUAUGUUUGCAUAAUAUGUAUAACUCGGCGGGUUUGGCAUAGGCGUCUGGCGGUGUAUUGUGCUCUAUAGUCACUCACAUAUUUUGAUAUGUUUUUUUUUUUUU